AAGAGUCGAGAAAGCUAAGCGAAUCGAGAAGCGAACAACCAUGUUAGCAAGAUCAAAUAGCUUUGUGAUGUCGAUUUCGCUGGAACACUUCGAUUACAGGCCAAUGAUGCCCCGAAGCACAGAACCCGAAAUUUUCACUUUCGAGCAGGUUCCAGCUGAGCUGCCGCUGCGCAACACGCCGGUCCGGCACAGGAGAAAGAACACACGGGUUAUGUACCCGUCCAAUGUUCGCAAGUACCUCCCGCCAGCCGAGAAGAGCCCAGCGAAGCGGUGGCUGCUGAUCCUGUGCCUGGUGGUGUUUCUGCAAAUCUACACGGAGGAGCCCUGCAUGGAGGCGCCGAGCACCGCCGAGAGCCCUGCUACUGACAUUGAAAGUGAGGACUUGUCCUUCUCGCAGUACCAACUUCUGCCUUUCCACUCUGCGGAGCAGCAAGCUCACCAGAUGAAAACAUUCUCCGCGGAGUCGUCGCACCCCGAGCAAAGCGUUCCUCAAGAGAAGUCCCUGACCGAGGUCUUGAACUGGACAUGUCCCAGCCGGAGCUCAGAGAGGACUGGCUUGUACGAGCAAAGCAGGAGGAACGGCUACGUCGUGGCUCUGCUUUACCCUGUUUACCACAGGCUGGGCAGCGAGAAGUGAAGUAACCAUGGCGUUUCUUGAGACCGGGGUGCGACCGCGGUGUUCAAGCCGAAAGGGAAGUGCAGACAGCCGGCUGAAAAGUGGGCUGGCGGCGCACAGUUUCCCGAACAAGAGCAGCUACUCGGGGCUUAGCGGAGCCCGAAAGAAGGAGACGUCGACCCAUAAAAUCGAUUCAUAAAAUGGUCGAGAAACUGAAGAACUGACUUAUCUGACUGUUCAACGUGGAACUUAAACGAAACUUGAGAUCGAUAUGGACAGAAAACUUGAAGUUAACUUUUUAGAAACUUGUUCUUAAUUGCACAGCAGAUGUAUGACGUACUUACAGGUGUCCUCCUCGGAGUUACACAGACUAUGCAGUUGUUUGGCUGACAUAGUUCGUGGGUGAGAGGAGGACUCUUCUACAUUAGAAGCACACCUUGAUACUACUUGAAACUGAAUUUGCUAAUGUUGGAUAGUAUUUAAUAUAGAAACCUGUUAUUAUUUAUUGAUA